AUGAGACUAUCUAUCUACUUCAUUGCUAUGUUGAGUUCAGUCUCAUCUGGAGUCUGGGCCCAAGAUCCAGGUCCAUCUCCUACUGCUUCAGUUGGAUGUGAGCCACACGGAGACCAUUGGCACUGUGACGGUCCAGCCUCGACAGCUGUCUCGGUUACAUCAACGACAAGCGAGGUUGUAGUGAGCACCUCCACGCAAGUCACUCCUACAAUGCCUAGUCCUACUGAGUCUGUUGGUUGCGAGCCGCAUAACGACCAUUGGCACUGCGAUGGGCCGGCUGAGACGGCUAGUGCAUCAGCGAGUGCCUCCGGAAGUGCCUCUGCAAGUGCCUCUACAAGUUCUGGAGACGAGGAAGGAGGUGCGGGAGCAGUCGGGGUGCACGUUUUCCUGCUUGUUGGGUUGUCACUUGUGGCUGCUGGUAUGAAUGUUUGA